AGGAGUGAGGACAGCUGAAUAAUUGGAGCCUGAAGUUGCUCUGCCUCGCGGAGAGGUCUGCCUGGCGAUCGGCUCUCCACUUUCUUUAGAAAGGAAACGUUGAUCAUCCUCCACCUGCAGAAGUGAGUUUUGGCUGAAGAAGCUCCAGCUGCUCUCUCCUCCAUGCCAGCGCCAGUGAGACUCCCUUAGACUGAGCUACUUCUCAGGCUACGCACGACAGCACUGCUAGCAAAUCUGAAAGAGCAGAGAGCAGCCCCUGCAUGCACAGCUCCCAGCUGAGCACUCCUGGGCCACUCUUCCCAGCAGCUGUGUGGCCAGAGACCCUGGGCACUGCGGUCACAGCCCGUGAAAGUGAGCGGUCCCCGGCGGCGGCGUCUGGAGGAAGCCGGCAUGCUGCAGAUGCUGCGGCACUUUCUGUCUGGCUUUUUCCCUGGGGCUGGGUGCCAAGGCUCCGGGGAGGGGGAUGACCACGAAGUCAGAGGCACCCAGGCUCCUGCCCGGGGAGAUCAGAUGGCAAGCUUUUUGGGGAAGCAGGACGGAAGGGCCGAGGCCAUGGAAAAGAGACCCACCAUUUUGCUGGUGGUCGGACCUGCAGAGCAGUUUCCUAAGAAAAUCGUACAAGCUGGCGACAAGGAUCUUGACGGGCAGCUGGACUUUGAAGAGUUUGUCCAUUACCUGCAGGACCAUGAGAAGAAGCUGAGGCUGGUGUUUAAGAGCUUGGACAAAAAGAAUGAUGGACGGAUCGAUGCCCAGGAGAUCAUGCAGUCCCUGCGGGACCUGGGAGUCAAGAUAUCAGAGCAGCAGGCGGAGAAGAUCCUCAGGAGCAUGGAUAAGAACGGCACGAUGACCAUCGACUGGAACGAGUGGCGGGACUACCACCUGCUGCACCCCGUGGAGAACAUUCCCGAGAUCAUCCUGUACUGGAAGCACUCCACGAUCUUUGACGUGGGUGAGAACCUGACGGUCCCCGAUGAGUUCACGGUGGAGGAGCGCCAGACCGGCAUGUGGUGGAGGCACCUGGUGGCCGGCGGCGGGGCGGGGGCCGUGUCCAGGACCUGCACGGCCCCGCUGGACAGGCUGAAGGUGCUCAUGCAGGUGCACGCCUCCCGCAGCAACAACAUGUGCAUUGUGGGCGGCUUCACCCAGAUGAUCCGCGAGGGGGGGACCAGGGCCCUGUGGCGGGGCAACGGCAUCAACGUGCUCAAGAUCGCCCCGGAGUCGGCCAUCAAGUUCAUGGCCUACGAGCAGAUCAAGCGUCUCGUUGGGAGUGACCAGGAGACUCUGAGGAUCCACGAGAGACUCGUGGCUGGCUCCCUGGCCGGGGCCAUUGCCCAGAGCAGCAUCUACCCGAUGGAGGUUCUGAAGACCCGGAUGGCCUUGCGGAAGACCGGCCAGUACUCAGGCAUGCUGGACUGCGCCCGGAGGAUCCUGGCCAGAGAGGGGGUGGCCGCCUUCUACAAAGGCUACGUCCCCAACAUGCUGGGGAUCAUCCCCUACGCCGGCAUCGACCUCGCCGUCUACGAGACGCUCAAGAACGCCUGGCUGCAGCGCUACGCGGUGAACAGCGCCGACCCCGGCGUCUUUGUGCUCCUGGCCUGUGGCACCAUAUCCAGCACCUGCGGCCAGCUGGCCAGCUACCCCCUGGCCCUGGUGAGGACCCGGAUGCAGGCGCAAGCCUCCAUCGAGGGCGCCCCGGAGGUGACCAUGAGCAGCCUCUUCAGACAGAUCCUGCGGACAGAGGGGGCCUUCGGGCUGUACCGGGGGCUGGCCCCCAACUUCAUGAAGGUGAUCCCGGCCGUGAGCAUCAGCUACGUGGUGUACGAGAACCUGAAGAUCACCCUGGGCGUGCAGUCCCGGUGACAGCCCUGGGGCCAAGGACUCGCUGGUCCUGGGCCGCCGCCCCGGGCCGUAGAACCAUCCCAUUCUGUGAAUGUGCCAACACUACGCCGACUGAGCCGAGCUGUGGAAUUCGGGGAGGAGCUGGCAGCCGCUGGGGUCUGUCCCACUACCCCGGCCGGCCCUCGCGUCCAUUCCGGGAAGCCCCGUGGGCGUUGCUCAGGGCCCACGGGUCAGCGGGAUCUGGGCGUUUGCUGCAGUGCCUGCAGGACGGCGCGCUUGGAGGCGGCCGCGGUCCCCGUGGCUUCCCCGCUUUCUGCUGGUUGCUGGGGAGGAGGGGCUCCCAGCCCACUCCCCAUCCCUCCUCCUCCGCGCCCCCCCCCCCUCGGCCUCCUGGCCCCCACUUCUCUCCUGCGGCCACAGCGCUCACCCAUGCGGGGCCCGAGGAUGGGGUCUAGCUUUCGUGCCCGCCCUCUGCCGAGCUCUCCCACGCUGGCCCUGCGUGCGCUCUGCCUGGCCCAGCCCAGACCCAAGCGCCGGCCCCGCAGGGCGGCCCUAGAGCAGCUGAGGAUCCCGUUCUAGGACAAAGGGCAGGCGGCUGCCCUGGGUCCGUGCCCCCGGGGGGAAAAGGCCGAGGUGUCACAGCUGUUGGGAAAGAAAGGCGAGCUGGACAAGCAAGCAGCCCUGUGCUUCCGGACGGGAGACCGGAAGUGGGCCGCCCGGCCUCCGCGCAGCCCCCAACCCGGGGGCUGCAGUGGGACCAGCCUCACAUUCCACAGAUGCCACGUGUCACUGCUUGGAGCCUAUUUAUUUUGUAUUUAUUUGAACAGAGUUAUGUCCUAACUAUUUUUAUAGAUUUGUUGACUUAAUAGCCGGUCAUUUUCAAGUUCCUUUUUUAUUCAUAUUUAUGUUCAUGGUCGGUUGCACCUCCGGGCACCAUCUGGGGGGCCCUGGAGUGGCCGCCCGCUGCCCCCGGCUGCCCCCAGCUGUCCAGGCAUUCCUCCGGGCCUGAGAAGCAAGGCGGGAGGGGAGGGGCCGGCCCAGCAGAGGGUGUCCUGCGGGGCCGGGGCGGGCUCCCCCCCAACGGCCUUAGGAGCUCAGGGGCGGGGCAGGACGGAGCAGCCUCAGUGAGGCGGAAGGUGGCCUCUGCACUGUUCUCUUCAUUUCGCCCCUUCUCAGUUUCAAGGCAGGGAGGGGCCUCUCGCUGGGGGAGGGGCGGCCGGCCCCGCCCCACCUGUGCAGCGCGGGCUCCCUCUGUCCCCGAGUGGCCUGGAGAGGAAGCCUACAUAGGACAGAGAUCAAUGUGGAAAUCAUUGUUGUAUGCGGAUCUUGUAGUUACAACUGGAGUUCUCCGAACGCAAAUUAAGAAAGCGCCGGAGUCGUUUCAAACAGCCUAAUAAAGUUGUUUCGAAGCUGA